UGGCUGUGGUAACUAGUGACAACACACUCUCAGCGUCAGUCAACUAGCCGCCAUUUCACAUUAUCGGGACGGGAACCUGACCUAAACCUUAAGCCGGGAAUCGUAGUUUAUUUUAAUUUUUUUACACACACCCUGAAAUCAGACAAAAUCAUCACCUUGUACCUUGCCGAACUAUCGAAUGGUAAGUAUUUACAUGAUGUGUUAACUGGUGAAGCUACGCGGAUAAGUGACGUGUUUUGUUCUGGCAGUGUUCUCAAACAAUGUGGAAAGUGGUUAGCUAACUCGAGUCCUACCCGACAUUUUGAAAAUGAAUUCGUCAGAGCUAGAUAACGUUAGCUAGCUAGUUAUUUUGCGGCUGGAGACCAGGCCGAAGCGGUGUGACAUUUCAGACGAGAAACGCAUGACAAAGGUUAAUUAUCGUUAGCUAGCAGGUUGCUAUGGCUAACAUUGGCUACGCGGCGUGGAUGUCUCGUGGACUGGUCAAUGGGAUUGCAAAGACUGAAGUCUUGAAACAUUGCUUGCUAGUUAUCAAACUAAUACAUUAGCUAAGUCGUUGAAACGUUGAACUGACAUUCUCAAACAUCUCUUCUUGGCUAUCUAACUUACGUUAAAGUUGUUUUCAGUUACGUUAUAGUAACGUUAGCUAACGUAGUUAAGCUACUUAGUUAGCUUCCAAUGCAUUGCUAAACAAGCCUGCAGCAAGAGUUUCAGAAAACAAUAUGGGUGUACACAAAGCACGUGUAACGUUAGGUAACUACAGUAAGUAGUUAGCUGGUUCUGCUCGAAUGCAAAUGUUAGCCAAUGACUCCCAUUGCAGGUAGCUAGUAAUAUGUUCAGUAUAAAGCCUGGUGUCUAUGGACGUGUCCUGACAAAAAAAAUUGCCCUGUCACCCUAGUAUCUAGCUAACUUGUUAAAACAAGACCAUCGACGUAACAUAACUGAUGAUGGCUUUUGUCAUAACAAUUUUUCUUCAAUGCAGUAGUUUCGUGAUUAGCAUAAGAGGGUUGAUUUUGUAUUAUAUGCACCAAACUGGCUAGGACAAUUAAUUAAAUGCUUCUUGGUAUGCAAUGAUGUUGCCUGGAAACCCGACGUUGAAUUACAUUGAAUUCUAAGUUGGGCAGAAAAUAACUUUUGAAUCAGGAAAGUUUCCCCACGACCUCUACAUCCAGAAUGUUGAAUAAAAUAUUUUAACAUACUUUACCUGUUGGUCCUUUUGGAUGUAGGAAUGUGAGACAGUAUGUCCACAGGAAAGUAUAAUUACAUCAAUUUUUCAGAGCGCUGGUAGUGCUAUCAGAUUCACUCGAAACAUGGGCACAAGAAGAAAAAAAUAUGCAGGAGAUGCAUGCAUACUUGUCGAGUUCGUGCACUUGUUUACAUGGUUCUGUGCAUGCUUCAGGUGAUAGAAAUCUGAACACGACUAGCACUUUAAAAACGUGAUAUAAUUGUACUUUCCUGUGGAUAUAUUGUCUCACAUUCCUGUUCCAAAUUGACCAAAUAACAGUUCAACCGGUAAAGUACGUUAAAAUAUCAUUUUAUUUAACUCUGGCUUGUUGAGGUGGUGAGAGGAAACUUUCCUGAUUCAAACACUCAUUUCUGCCCGACAUAGUAUUUAAUGCCAGGCAACCAAUGAUGAUAUGCCUGGAAGUUUGUAUGUUUUGCUUAUUUGAAUUGGCAAAGUGCAGUAUGUACUUAUGUGUUAUUGGAACAUGAACUUACCCGGUUAUUCAAUAAAUGUUACUCAUCAUUGCAUUAAACAGAUGGCGACCGAUCAUGUAAAUGGGAAUGGUACAGAGGAACCAAUAGACACAACUGAAGUGGACACAACUACAGCUGAAGUUACCCAUUCAGAAAAUUACCAGCCUUUAUUAGAUGCUGGUUUACCACAGAAAGUUGCAGAAAAACUAGAUGCAAUUUACAUAGCAGGUAAGUGCAUGUUAUGCAUAACCUAACAGUUUGAGUCAUGUUCAUCCUUUUUAGUUUGUAUUUAUAUUAGAAGCUUAGCAACUUUGUAAUUUAUUUACAAAAUAAUAAUAGUAACAACAAAGCUAUUCUCACCAUACCAAAGAACUGUGAAUUUGAAUGCAUUGUGUCUGGAUGGAGUUGAGGAGCUAGGCUAUGGCUAACCCUAAUUCUGCUAAUAGGUUAUGCAUGUAUGAACUACACAUUGACACAUCCAGCCCAAAGCGGGAGGUUUAAAAAAUACUUAGUUGUCGCCAAAGUUUCGGAGCAUGUCUUUAAUAAGGAUGUCUUGAUAUGGUCUCUGGGGCCAGCUGGACAUAUGCAGGAACAAUGGCAGCAGCUGCCUAGGCUGGGACAGGUGAUGUCCCCUGAAGGCACAUUAUGGACAUGCUAAUUAUAACUGGGUUGCAAAAGAAAAGCGUAGUGGGGCGGUUCAGAUGUCUGAAUUUAUUUGUGCAUGUACAGCUGACCUGGUUCAUGCAGUAGGAUUCAUACUUUUGGUUGUGGGUGCAGAUAGCGAGAUAGUUUUCCCUCUUGAUGAGCUUGUCUAUGUGCAUUUCCUUGGUUUCUGUAAGCAUAAAUCAUAAUUCUUCAUGUUUUAUAAUGUACAACUAGCCUAGCUGGGACUAUUUCAAGCAGUGGCUACACUUUUUUUCUUCUAUUUUUGUUGUCCACAUGAUGAUCUCUAUACUCAAAUACUGGAGCAACUCAACAUUGCUGUGAUGGUUUACCGCUAAGAUCUGAUUGGACAUAUUCCCGUGAGUUCUUUGUGCUGUCAUUUGGCAAACAAUGGUUAUACUUGAAAUGUUGCUCUUCUACAGGCCUGGUAGCGCACAGUGACCUAGAUGAAAGAGCUAUUGAAGCAUUGAAAGAAUUUAACGAAGAAGGUGCUCUGCAAGUCCUGCUUCAGUUUAAGGAAAGUGACCUGUCGCAUGUGCAAGUAAGUGGCUGCUGUGUUACACUUGGUUGAAGAUUUAAUGAAACACAGGGAGUACUAAAAGUUCCAACUUUCCUUUUCAGAACAAAAGUGCCUUCCUCUGUGGAGUAAUGAAGACUUACAGACAGAGGGAGAAGCAAGGGACGAGAGUUUCAGAUUCUUCGAAAGGACCAGAUGAGGCGAAAAUAAAAGUAUGUCAACACCAGGAAGAAAGUUUACUCUUUCUAGAGAUGAAAGCAUGCCUCUGUUCCAAUCUCUUCCCACCACCUUGGCAUCGUCUAUUGUAAGAGUCUUGCUCGUUUGUUGGCAGACUUGAUCUUGACUUAGCUUGUCGGAAUAUUAUACCAAUGUUACAAAGGUCUGUCAAUUUAGACUAAGUGAUCGCAUAUUUUUGCAUAGCUGAGUUAUUGUGGUUAUGUGUGAAAAUCAAGCUGUGUUUGUGUGUGGUUACAGCAACAUUAAAUAUUUUUUAUUUUGAUAAUGGCAGGCUCUGCUUGAUAGAACCAUCUAUACACUUGAUGUGACAACGGGUCAGCGGAAGUAUGGAGGCCCCCCUCCAGAGUCUGUGUAUUCAGGUGCUCAACCCACUAUUGGAACAGAGGUAAGGUCUUUAUCUUUCAGUGAACACUUUUGAAUGAGACCAUCAAAUGUCUACAAAUCUCUGUUUGGCCUUAUGAUGACAUUUGUAAUUCUGGAGUGACUCUUGUUACACUGAGAGCUUACCGCUAAGAUCUGACUGGGCCGAAACGUAAAACGCUGAAAUUAAAUGUUUUUUUUCUGCUCUCAUCUCCUUGAUUCCCAUAAAUAUUUUAGGUGUUUACGUUUCCAGAACUGAGCAAUUUCUUAGCUGCUCACAAAUGUUUCUUCAUUACAUGUUUCAUGACCUCCCUUUGCAGAUAUUUGUUGGGAAAAUUCCUCGAGACUUGUUUGAGGAUGAGCUGGUGCCCCUCUUUGAGAAGGCGGGACCUAUCUGGGAUCUACGUCUAAUGAUGGACCCCCUUAGUUGCUUGAACAGGGGCUACGCCUUUGUCACUUUCUGCACUAAAGAGGCUGCCUUGGCGGCAGUAAACCUGGUCAGUGUCUCCCCGUGCCUCCAGUUAUGGCCUGUCUCUUCAGCCUAUCAGUCCGUUUGGAAGUAUGCACUUUGGCAUUGUCUGUGCCAUGGCUGUUUUAUAUUUAUCCUUGUUGUCACACUGGUUGAUGAGUUCCUCUUUCCCCAGUGUAAUAAUCAUGAAAUACGCCCCGGCAAACACAUUGGAGUGUGUAUAUCUGUUGCCAAUAACCGUCUGUUCGUCGGCUCCAUCCCCAAGAGUAAAACGAAAGAACAGAUUGUGGAGGAGUUUGCUAAAGUCACAGGUAAGAAAGGUCUUUGUUGAUGGGUGAGAUCGGCACUUUUCAUUUUAUUAAGUCAACGACAUGUCUGUGGUUGUGACUAAAUACUUCAAGAUCACAUUUUGCUCAAACCUCACCUAACUUUUUCUAUUUCCAACAGAGGGUCUUAACGAUGUCAUACUGUACCAUCAGCCGGAUGACAAAACGAAGAACAGAGGUUUUUGCUUUUUGGAAUACGAGGACCAUAAAACUGCUGCUCAGGCCAGACGCAGGCUAAUGAGUGGCAAGGUGAAAGUGUGGGGGACGGCGGUUACUGUGGAAUGGGCAGACCCCAUCGAGGACCCUGAUCCAGAGGUUAUGGCCAAGGUAAGUGAUCUGCUGAUUACAAAGUGAUGAAAUAAGGGGCACCCUAUUUCCUAUAUAGUGCACUGCUUUUGACCAGGGCCCAUUGGACCUUCUCAAAAGUAGUGCACUAUAUACAGUGCUUUCAGAAAGUAUUAAUACCCCUUGACUUAUUCUACAUUUUGUUACAGCCUGAAUUCAAAAUUGAUUAAAUAGAUUUUUUCACCCAUCUGCACACCAUUAUCCCAGAAACCCUAGACCCACUCCAAUGUGCAUACCGCCCCAACAGAUCCACAGAUGCAAUCUCUAUUGUGCUCCACACUGCCUUUUCACACCUGGACAAAAGGAACACCUACAGUGGGGAAAAAAUGUAUUUAGUCAGCCACCAAUUGUGCAAGUUCUCCCACUUAAAAAGAUGAGAGAGCCCUGUAAUUUUCAUCAUAGGUACACGUCAACUAUGACAGACAAAAUGAGGAAAAAAAAUCCAGAAAAUCGCAUUGUAGGAUUUUUAAUGAAUUUAUUUGCAAAUUAUGGUGGAAAAUAAGUAUUUGGUCAAUAACAAAAGUUUCUCAAUACUUUGUUAUAUACCCUUUGUUGGCAAUGACACAGGUCAAACGCUUUCUGUAAGUCUUCACAAGGUUUUCACACACUGUUGCUGGUAUUUUGGCCCAUUCUUCCAUGCAGAUCUCCUCUAGAGCAGUGAUGUUUUGGGGCUGUCGCUGGGCAACACAGACUUUCAACUCCCUCCAAAGAUUUUCUAUGUUGAGAUCUGGAGACUGGCUAGGCCACUCCAGGACCUUGAAAUGCUUCUUACGAAGCCACUCCUUCGUUGCCCGGGCGGUGUGUUUGGGAUCAUUGUCAUGCUGAAAGACCCAGCCACGUUUCAUCUUCAAUGCCCUUGCUGAUGGAAGGAGGUUUUCACUCAAAAUCUCACGAUACAUGGCCCCAUUCAUUCUUUCCUUUACACGGAUCAGUCGUCCUGGUCCCUUUGCAGAAAAACAGCCCCAAAGCAUGAUGUUUCCACCCCCAUGCUUCACAGUAGGUAUGGUGUUCUUUGGAUGCAACUCAGCAUUCUUUGUCCUCCAAACACGACGAGUUGAGUUUUUACCAAAAAGUUAUAUUUUGGUUUCAUCUGACCAUAUGACAUUCUCCCAAUCCUCUUCUGGAUCAUCCACAUGCACUCUAGCAAACUUCAGAUGGGCCUGGACAUGUACUGGCUUAAGCAGGGGGAUACGUCUGGCACUGCAGGAUUUGAGUCCCUGGCGGCGUAGUGUGUUACUGAUGGUAGGCUUUGUUACUUUGGUCCCAGCUCUCUGCAGGUCAUUCACUAGGUCCCCCCGUGUGGUUCUGGGAUUUUUGCUCACCGUUCUUGUGAUCAUUUUGACCCCACGGGGUGAGAUCUUGCGUGGAGCCCCAGAUCGAGGGAGAUUAUCAGUGGUCUUGUAUGUCUUCCAUUUCCUAAUAAUUGCUCCCACAGUUGAUUUCUUCAAACCAAGCUGCUUACCUAUUGCAGAUUCAGUCUUCCCAGCCUGGUGCAGGUCUACAAUUGUGUUUCUGGUGUCCUUUGACAGCUCUUUGGUCUUGGCCAUAGUGGAGUUUGGAGUGUGACUGUUUGAGGUUGUGGACAGGUGUCUUUUAUACUGAUAACAAGUUCAAACAGGUGCCAUUAAUACAGGUAACGAGUGGAGGACAGAGGAGCCUCUUAAAGAAGUUGUUACAGGUCUGUGAGAGCCAGAAAUCUUGCUUGUUUGUAGGUGACCAAAUACUUAUUUUCCACCAUAAUUUGCAAAUAAAAUCAUAAAAAAUCCUACAAUGUGAUUUUCUGGAAAAAAAAUCUCAAUUUGUCUGUCAUAGUUGACGUGUACCUAUGAUGAAAAUUACAGGGCUCUCUCAUCUUUUUAAGUGGGAGAACUUGCACAAUUGGUGGCUGACUAAAUACUUUUUUCCCACACUGUAUGUGAGAAUGCUAUUAAUUGACUACAGCUCAGCGUUCAACACCAUAGUGCCCUCAAAGCUCAUCACUAAAAACCUCCCUCUGCAACUGGAUCCUGGACUUCCUGACGGGCCGCCCCAGGUGGUUAAGGUAGGUAACAACACAUCCGCCAAGCUGAUCCUCAACACGGGGGCCCCUCAGGGGUGCGUGCUCAGUCCCCUCCUGUACUCCCUGUUCACUCAUGACUGCAUGGCAAGGCACGACUCCAACACCACCAUUAAGUUUGCCGAUGACACAACAGUGGUAGGCCUGAUCACCGACAACGACGAGACAGCCUAUAGGGAGGAGGUCAGAGACCUGGCCGUGUGGUGCCAGGACAACCACCUCUCCCUCAACGUGAUGAAGACAAAGGAGAUGAUUGUGGACUACAGGAAAAAGAAGAGGACUGAGCACGCCCCCAUUCUCAUCAUCGGGGCUGUAGUGGAGCAGGUUGAGAGCUUCAAGUUCCUUGGUGUCCACAUCACCAACAAACAAACAUGGUCCAAGCACACCAAGACAGUCGUGAAGAGGGCACGACAAAACCUAUUCCACCUAAAGAGACUGAAAAGAUUUGGCAUGGGUCCUCAGAUCCUCAAAAGGUUCUACAGCUGCACCAUCGAGAGCAUCCUGACUGGUUGCAUCACUGCCUGGUAUGGCAACUGCUCGGCCUCUGACCGCAAGGCACUACAGAGGGUAGUGCGUACGGCCCAGUACAUCACUGGGGCCAAGCUUCCUGCCAUCCAGGACCUCUAUACCAGGCGGUGUCAGAGGAAGGAAAUUGUCAAAAACUCCAGCCACCCUAGUCAUAGACUGUUGUCUUUGCUACCGCACGGCAAGCGGUACCGGAGCACCAAGUCUAGGUCCAAGAGGCUUCUAAACAGCUUCUACCCCCAAACCAUAAGACUCCUGAACAUCUAAUCUUAUGGCUACCCAGACUAUUUGCAUUGCCCCCCCCCCCCCCCCUUGUAAGUAAGCAUUUCACUGUAAGGUCUACACCUGUUGUAUUCGGCGCAUGUGACUAAAAUUUUAUAUGAUUUGACAGUACCCCAUAAUGACAGUGAAAACAUGUUUGUAGAAAUGUUUGCACAUUUAUUGAAAAUGAAAACCGAUAUCACAUUUACAUGAGUAUUCGCACCUCUGAGUCAGGACAUGUUAGAAUCACCUUUGGCAGCGAUUUACAGCCGUGAGUCUUUCUGGGUAAGUCUAAGAGCGUUGCACACCUGGAUUGUACAAUAUUUGCACAUUAUUAUUGUUAAUAUUCUUCAAGCUCUGUCAAGUUGGUUGUUGAUCAUUGCUAGACAGCCAUUUUCAAGUUUUGCCUUAGAUUUUCAUGACGAUUUAAGUCAAAACUGUAACUAGGCCACUCAGGAACGUUCAAUGUCGUCUUGGUAAGCAACUCCAGUGUAUAUUUGGCCUUGUGUUUAAGAUUAUUGGCCUGCUGAGGAUUUUGCUUUUGCUGAGCUUUAUUCUGUUUCUUUUUAUCCUAAAAAAAAACUCCCUAGUCCUUGCCGAUGACAAGCAUACCUAUGACAUGAAGCAGCCACCUCCGUGCUUGAAAAAAGUGGUACUCAGAGAUGUGGUCCUCUAGCUCAGCUGGUAGAGCACGGCGCUUGUAACGCCAAGGUAGUGGGUUCGAUCCCCGGGACCACCCAUACGUAAAAAUGUAUGCACACAUGACUGUAAGUCGCUUUGGAUAAAAGCGUCUGCUAAAUGGCAUAUUAUUUAUUAUUUUAUGAUUGCCCCAAACAUAACACUAUGUAUUCAGGACAUAAAGAACAUUUUCGGGGGGACAUUUUUUGCAGUUUUACUUUGGUGCCUUAUUGCAAACAGGAUGCAUAUUCUGUACAGGCUUCCUUCUUUUCACUCUGUCAUUUUAGGUUAGUAUUGUGGAGUAACAAAUUUGUUGUUGAUCCAUCCUCAGUUUUCUCCUAUCACAGAUAUUAAACUCUAUAAACUGUUUGAAAGUCACCAUUUGCCUCAUGUUGAAAUCCCAGAACAGUUUCCUUCCUCUCCGGCAACUGAGUUAGAAAGGACGCCUGUAUCUGUGUAGUGACUGGGUGUAUUGAUACACCAUCCAAAGUGUAUUUAAUAACUUCACUAUGCUCAAAGGGAUAUUCAAUGUCUGCUUUUUGUAUUUUUACCCAUCAAACAAUAAGUGCCCUUCUUUGCAAGGGGUUGUAAAACCUCCCUGGUCUUUGUGGUUGAAUCUGUGUUUGAAAUUCACUGCUCGACUGCAGGGCCUUACAAUUAUCUGUAUGUGUGGAGUACAGAGAUGAGGUAGGCAUUUAAAAAAUCAUGUUAAACACUAUUGCACACAGUGAGUCCAUACAACUUAUUAUGUGACUUGUUAAGCACAUUUUUACUCCUGAACAUCUUUUGGGCUUGCCAUAACAAAGGGGUUGAAUUCCUAUUGACUCAAGACAUUUCAGCUUUUCAAAUUGUAUUACUUUGUAAACAUUUCUAAAAACAUAAUUCCACUUUGACGUUAUGGGGUAUUGCAGGCCAGUGACACAAAAUCUCAAUGUAAGCCAUUUUAAAAUUCAGUCUAACAUAACAAAAUGUGGAAAGUCUAGGGGUGUGUAUACUUUCUGAAGGCACUGUAGAGGGAUAGGGUGCCAUUUGGGACGAUACCAGGGUUUCUGGAUAGCAUGAGUUUCUGAACGGUUCCAAUUUAUUUAAUCUGUGGAAGGACACUGGAGAUUUUCAUUGAUAUAUUUCCAACCUGAAGUCUCGCUUCAUAGGCUUGCAGUUGAUUGAUCAACCUUGGAUGUCUUUCAUUUAACAAAAUACAACCGCUAGUCUUCAACUGGGUGGAGAUCACACUGAUGCCUGUGUGUAACCCAUGUAGUUGAAGUUCUUAACACGUUUCCCGUUGUGCAUUUCAACCCACAGGUCAAAGUUUUGUUUGUCCGAAACCUUGCAAAUAGUGUUACGGAAGAAAUACUUGAAAAAUCCUUCGGCAAGUUUGGUAAACUGGAGCGAGUGAAAAAACUGAAAGAUUACGCCUUCGUUCACUUUGAUGAGCGGGACGGUGCAGUCAAGGUACUUAUAUUGAGUGAUAAUAUAAUGACAAUACACUGCUGUAAGUAAAUGACAGUGCAUUGAGGGUGUGUAAUUGUAUGAUGACUGUAGUUUGCCACCAUCUCCACAGGCGUUGGCUGAAAUGAAUGGCAAAGUUCUGGAAGGAGAGCACAUUGACAUAGUCUUUGCAAAGCCCCCCGAUCAGAAGAGGAAGGAACGCAAAGCUCAGAGACAAGCAGCCAAAACAAACAUGUAAGAGAUGUCUUUACAAAAUGUUUUUUUGCGCUCCACUUUAAGGCCCAAUUUGAAAUUGGUGCAUGACUUAUUCUAAAGCCUUGUUUACACUGCAGGCCCCAAUGCUCAAAUCAGUUUUGUUUUUCAAAUCCGUUUUGGAGUACUGACAGCAAGGUACAAGUGACCAAAUCAGAUUUGUGUGUGUUCAGACGGCAGUCAUUUGCUGACAUGGCUACACUAGUUGUCAUAGUAAAGAUGGAUGUGUGUGCAGUGGUGUAGGCUGAUCGGUGGUGCUCGUGCUUCCUAUCACUCAAGUUAUGUAGCAAGCUAAGGUAACAACAAUGCCUGCCAUGGACGUUUCCCAGUUGCUUUGAAUGUUCAAGUAGUGUAAUAACACUUAAAGCCUUUUAAAACAAGUCCUUUUUGGCUAGCCACAGCAGUCAACUAUCUAGCUAGGUAGCUGUUUAUCUUUCUAGCACAUUCACUCAUUUGUUUGUAAACAAUUAACAAGCUAGGUAGCUACAGUGUGUUCUUGUCAAACUGUCAAAACAGCAGCUAACAAGCAACAAGAUAUGCAAAAUAACAGUCUAAAAACCACUUGGGGGCAAAUAAAUCAGAUUUGACCAUUCAGACAAGUUGCAUGGCCAGGAAUCAGAUUUGUAUCUACGAAGGUGGUUUGAAAUGUGUGUUGAAUUAUCUGAUUCCAUGUGAAUUUUGGCUGUUCAGACUGCCGGAAAAAUAACAACAGAUUCUAAUCGGAUAUGCAAGAAAAUAGGAUUUGAGUCACCUUAAACUGCCAGUGUGAACAAGGCUUUAGUCAUCAAAUCAGAACAAUGAGUCAAUGUGUGUUCAGGGCCUUGAACAUUUUUGCAUGGUUCUGCUUGUUUCUCCCAUAGGUAUGAUGAUUAUUAUUACAACUACGGCCCCCCUCAGUUGCCCCCUCCCACAAGAGGCGGCCGGGGUAGAGGUGGUGGUAGGGGAGGGUAUUCUUACCCACCCGACUAUUAUGGCUACGAGGAUUCCUACGAUUAUUAUGGUUAUGAUUACAACAACUACUGCGGGGGAUACGAGGACCCCUACUACGGCUAUGAUGACUUUCAGGCUCCCGCUAGAGGAAGAGGGGGCAGAGGUGCACGGGGGGCAUCCCCAGCCAGAGGCCGAGGCGGGCCAGGCACUCCCAGGGGCAGAGGUGGCUUUUCCCCGUGUCGUGGUCCAGGAUCAAGCAGAGGUGCCAGAGGAGAUGUGCAACAGAGAGGACGCGGCGGGGUACGUGGUGCGAGGGGUGGCCGCGGUGGAAAUGUAGGAGGAAAGCGCAAAGCUGAUGGGUACAACCAGCCAGAUUCCAAGCGGCGCCAGACCAAUAAUCAGAACUGGGGCUCUCAACCAAUUGCUCAGCAACCGCUCCAAGGUGGUGAUCGUUCUGGUAACUAUGGUUACAAAUCUGACAACCAGGAGUUUUAUCAGGAUUAUUUUGGGCAACAGUGGAAGUAGAACAUUAGGGCAUUGAUUCCAAAUCCUUUUUUAGAGACUUGAUCUGAUUUGCCCUAAAUCCAUAUGGUUGCCUCCCUUUUUUCCAAUUUGGUGACUGGCAAGAUUUAUCUUGUAUAUAUUUUACAAAUCCGCUUGGACUUGAACAGUAGUCACACUUCCACCUGCUUCUGGCGAACUGGUUUUUAUAUUUUUUAAGUUGAUUAAUGCGAUUUCCAUAAUCAGGUUUAAACAUUAAACAUUUGCAAUCAUGUGAUCCAGCUGUCUUAUUUGGCUGUAGUUUUAUGUAUGUUUUUAGCGAUUCCAUGUUUUAAGUAGCUAACAGCAACUAAACUUAUGUCUCCUAAACAUGUACCUAUUUAAAACAAAUGAAACUACAAUUUGUAUGUUACAGAAGAUAAUGCUAGGAAAUGGCGUGUCUUGUAAAAAGAAAAAAGACUAGUCCUAUUUAUUGGGCUUUAAAUUUUGGCUUGUAUUUUUUACUGUUUGUCUGCUUUAAUAAACAUACACACACACGUGUACAAAACCUCAAAUUGUUUCAAAUUCAUGUUUCGGCAAAAUCGCUCUUCAAAUUUAAGGCUCCUUGUGGAAGAAAUGGACUAAAGGUUUGCUUUUGUUAGCCAUAUGCUGCAAUGUCACUUUUGCAUGACAUAAAAAAAAUAUCACUUAGCUCAGCAGUCGGCAUCUUCCACAAUUCAAGUGUUACGUAUGUGUAGAGACGUACUCCAUCAUUUGAGUUUCGUUUUUUUAUUUCAAGACCGUAUCUCAAACAUUCUCAAUUUAGAUUUCACAAUUUCGUAGCCCAAAUUAAAUGGAUUCUCGUUAAAGAAAUGCCAUGAAAAUAAGUGGUCUUUCAUUGAUGGCCACUUCAAAUCUAUCCCUUUGGCUAUUAAGAAAUCAGUCUGGCGAUUUUCUUAACCCAGAAGGAUCUACAUAGUCAUUGGUAGCCUUAACACGGAUCUUGCGUGUUUCUCAAAUUGAGCAACGGUGGGAAUAAUUGGCAUGCAUGAACUGUCUAUAGGUAGUGCUUGUAGUUUGGCCAUACCCCCCAAUCUUUCUACAUCCCAACCACUUGACUGGUCACCUUUUAAAUAACACAGCAAGGCCACUGUUCUGCUCGACCUUUUCCUGAAGGCAUAACCUUGCUGCAUGUGAAGUUGAAGGGUGUGGAAGUCUUGGUGAAUGCUUAGAAACACGUUUGCUUUUUCCUUACUCAAGUUAAUUUGUUUGCCUUUAAUGUCCAUUAGACUGUGUUUACUGUAGUUACAUGUGGGUAGCUAGCUAGAUGUUAUGUGGUCUUCUGUUGUGAUCUAUCUUCUAAUUGCAUCCUUUUGUUACCUGACUAGCAGGGAAAAGGGG